AUGUCGCCGCAAGUGCAAACGCAGACGUACGACGUCCGGCUCUCCAACCACACCAACCCCGCCGCUCGCGCUCUACUAGAAUGCAUACUCCGCAAACGGUCCAACCUCUGUGUAUCAGUCGACCUUUCCACGAGCGCAGAGCUGCUCGAGGUAGUAGACGCCGUCGGCCCCAGCGUGUGUCUGAUCAAGACGCAUAUGGACAUUGUGGAAGACUUUGAUCAGAGCGUUAUUGACCGCCUUCGAGUGCUGAGUGAGAAACACGAUUUUCUGAUAUUUGAAGACCGCAAGUUUGCUGAUAUCGGGAACACGGUAGUACUGCAGUACUCCAAAGGAGUGCAUAAGAUCGCCUCCUGGGCACAGCUCACCAAUGCCCACGUUGUGCCCGGGUCAGGGAUAAUCACCGGCCUCGCAUCGGUUGGUCUUCCCCUGGGCAGGGGCCUCCUACUCCUAGCGGAGAUGAGCAGCGCCGGUACGCUCGCCCAAGGUGCAUAUACCGAUGCUGCACUCGCAAUGGCCCGAGAGCACAGGGACUUUGUCGUCGGGUUUAUUGCGCAGCGCCGGUUGGGAGACGAGGACUGGCUGAUCCUCACUCCUGGUGUGCAGCUGGGCAGUGGGGGAGAUAGCAUGGGCCAGCAGUACAAUACGCCUAGGGAGGUGGUGCGCCGGGGUGCGGAUGUGAUUAUCGUUGGGCGGGGUGUGUAUGGGAAGAGAGGAGAAGCAGGCAAGGAGGCGGAAAGGUAUAGGAAAGAAGGAUGGGAGGCGUAUCUUGCGAGGGUUGGUGGUGGCACUUCGAGGCUUCUGUAA